CAUACAAAGUACACACAGGUUUACAGACAGCCCAGUUCAACAGUAAGCUGCCAGUGAGAGAAUGAAGAUCUCUGUGAGUUUUACGCUGUUGCUGCUGCUCGGCACCGUCCCCCCAUGUGAAAGUACCGAUUAUCAGAAGACUUUUCCUCAAGACAUCUACGCUGCGCUGAGAGAGCUGACUGCCUCGUUGGUUCAGCUGAAGGCUGAUGUGAGACUCCUGCUGACUCAAGAACAAGCAGCACAACUGAAGAUUGAAGUGGACAAUUGGAAUCAACAACUGCAAGUCCGACAGAUUGCAUUCUCAGCCUCUCUGGUGGAUAAAAGUGAAUCAUUUGUUGGACCCUCAGCCAUGGACACUACCCUGAUCUUCACAUACGUCCCCACCAACAUCGGAAAUGCCUACAACUCAACCACAGGUGUGUUCACUGCCCCGGUCAGAGGAGCGUACCACUUUGAGUGGUCGGUCGGUGCAAAUGGAGGCACUUCUGGUGCUGUGUUGGUCAAGAACUCAGCGAAUGUUUUCUUGGCAUACGAGCAGGCAGCCGGUUUUAUGAGUUCUUCUAAAGCCGUUGCACUGCUGCUGGAGGUGGGAGACGUUGUGUUUGUGCGUGUGUUUGUAAACACUAGGGCAUAUGACAACCUAAAUCACCACACCACCUUCAGUGGACAUCUGCUGUUCCCCAUGUAAGACAGAAACAGCAGCUCUGUGAUAGUCACACAGGUUGUUGUUGUCUUAAACAAGUUUUCAUAGCACUUCAUAUAUUUGCUCUGAUUUAAUAAUUUAGUAAUAAUUGUCAACAGGAAUCUUUAUUUCCUUCAA